GGGGCGGGCGGCGGCGCCGGGCCGGGCCGAGGGGCGCGCUGGGCGAAGGGCGGCGGCGGCGGCGGCUCGUGCUCAGCCCGGGCUCCGGAUCGCGCUCGGCCCCCGGCUCCCAGCCCGCGGCCGCGCGCACCCCGCACCCCGAGACCCCGCGCCCACGCUCGGCCCCGCGGAGGAGCGGCCAUGCCGCCGCGGCGCAGCAUCGUGGAGGUGAAGGUGCUGGACGUGCAGAAGCGGCGGGUGCCCAACAAGCAUUAUGUCUACAUCAUUCGGGUCACGUGGUCCAGCGGCUCCACUGAGGCCAUUUACCGGCGCUACAGCAAGUUCUUUGACCUCCAGAUGCAGAUGUUGGACAAAUUUCCCAUGGAAGGAGGACAGAAGGACCCCAAACAGCGGAUCAUUCCCUUUCUGCCAGGCAAAAUUCUCUUCAGACGAAGCCACAUCCGAGACGUGGCCGUCAAGCGCCUGAUACCCAUUGAUGAAUACUGUAAGGCCCUGAUCCAGCUGCCCCCCUAUAUCUCUCAGUGUGAUGAGGUACUGCAGUUCUUUGAGACAAGACCUGAGGACCUGAAUCCCCCUAAAGAGGAGCAUGUUGGGAAAAAGAAAUCUGGAGGCGACCUGACCUCGGUGGACCCCAUGGUCCUGGACCAGUAUGUGGUGGUGGCAGACUACCAAAAGCAGGAGAGCUCGGAGAUCAGCCUCAGCGUGGGGCAAGUGGUGGACAUCAUUGAGAAGAACGAGUCAGGUUGGUGGUUCGUCAGCACUGCUGAAGAGCAAGGCUGGGUCCCUGCGACCUGCCUCGAAGGGCAGGAUGGUGUACAGGAUGAGUUUUCUCUACAGUCUGAAGAAGAGGAAAAGUACACAGUCAUUUACCCAUAUACAGCUCAUGAUCAAGAUGAAAUGAACCUGGAGAGAGGGGCCGUGGUAGAGGUCAUCCAGAAGAACCUGGAAGGCUGGUGGAAGAUCAGGUACCAGGGCAAAGAGGGCUGGGCCCCAGCCUCCUACCUAAAGAAGAGCAGUGGGGAGCCCUUACCCCCAAAGCUGGGCCCUGGCUCAUCCGCCCAUGCGGGCAUCCUCGAUCUGGAUGGAGUUUCCCGGCAGCAGAACUCGGUGGGCAGGGAGAAGGAGCUGCUCAACAACCAGAGGGACCGCCGGUUUGAAGGCCGCCCAGCACCCGACAGCGACAUCAAGCAGCGAUCACCUAAGAUGAGACAGAGACCCCCUCCUCGCCGGGACAUGACCAUACCUCGAGGUCUCAACCUGCCCAAGCCUCCCAUUCCACCUCAAGUGGAGGAAGAGUAUUACACCAUUGCCGAAUUCCAGACAACCAUCCCUGAUGGCAUCAGCUUCCAGGCAGGUCUGAAGGUCGAGGUGAUCGAGAAGAACCUGAGUGGCUGGUGGUACAUUCAGAUUGAAGAUAAGGAAGGAUGGGCGCCAGCAACCUUCAUUGACAAGUAUAAGAAGACCAGCAAUGCCUCAAGACCAAACUUUCUGGCUCCCUUGCCCAAUGAGGUGACCCAGCUCCGGCUUGGGGAUGCGGCAGCAAUGGAGAACAACACAGGCAGUGAAGCCAUUGGCCCCUCCCGACCCCUGCCCGAUGCACCACAUGGUGCCAUGGACUCUGGGAUGCCAUGGUCCAAAGACUGGAAGGGUGGUAAGGAGGGCCUGAGGAAGGCGUCCUUAGACAUGUCCUCAUGCACAGGCUAUGAGGAGAUCUCAGACCCUCACCUGGAGGAGAAACCCAGCCUCCCUCCCCGGAAAGAAUCCAUCAUCAAGUCAGAAGGAGAGCUGCAGGAGAGGGAGCGCCAGAGGAUGGAGCAGCUCCGGGGCUCCUCGCCGAAGCCUCCUGGCAUGAUUUUGCCGAUGAUUCCAGCCAAACACACGCCCCCGGCCCGGGACAACAGGAGACCAGAGCCCAAACCUGACAAAAGCAAGUUGUUCCAGCUGAAAAAUGAAAUGGGGCUGGAGUGUGGCCACAAGGUACUGGCCAAGGAAGUAAAGAAGCCCAACCUCCGACCCAUCUCCAAGUCCAAACCUGACCCCCCAGAGGAGAAGCCUGAAGCUAUUCCCCAGAAUCCCUUCUUGAAGUCCAAACCUCAGGUCAGGCCAAAACCAGCCCCUUCUCCCAGGACAGAGCCACCUCAGGGCGAAGACCAAGUGGACAUCUGCAACCUCAGGAGCAAGCUCAGGCCUGCCAAGUCCCAAGAAAAAGCCUCGUUGGAUGGAGAGAGCAGCCUCCAGGCUGUCGGGGGCCAGGACAUGGUCUUCAGCCGCAGCUUCCCCCCAGGGGAGGGGCCUGGCCGCGCCCAGGACAAAAUGGGCAAACAGGAUGGGCUCAGCCCAAAGGAGACAUCCUGCAGAGCCCCUCCAAAGCCAGCCAAGACCGCAGAUCCUGUGCCUAAGAAUGCUCCCAUCCCUGUCCAAGAGGCUCCCCAGCAGAGACCCGUAGUCCUGCCCCGGAGACCACCCCCGCCCAAGAAGACCUCCUCCAGGCCCCUCCCGGAAGUCAGAGGGCCACAGCAGGAGGCCAGUGAAAGUAAGGCAGCUCCCGCCCCAGGCCGGGCCCUGCUGGUCCCUCCAAAAGCUAGACCUUUUCUCUCCAGCUCCUCAGGAGGCCAAGAUGACAUGCAAGACAAAGGUGGGCCACGGAUGGUGGGCAAGAUGGUAGAAAACAGGGAGAAAGCGGCCGCAGCCCCCUUCCCCAAUGCCGAUGGCCCGAAGGACUCUUUGUAUGUGGCUGUGGCCAACUUUGAAGGAGACAAAGACACCAGCAGCUUCCAGGAGGGUACAGUGUUCGAGGUCAGGGAAAAAAACAGCAGUGGCUGGUGGUUCUGCCAGGUCCUGAGUGGGGCCCCCUCCUGGGAAGGGUGGAUUCCUUCCAAUUAUCUCAGAAAGAAGCCGUAGCCUCCUCUCUCUCUGCCUGGAGGUCUCACACAUCCCUGCUGGCUUUACCCAUAUUUAAUAUGCCUCUUAAUUUAUCAUCCUCUACACAACUUCAAAGGAAGGAAGACUGGAGGACUGUGGUUUCUAACCCCCUCCACAGAGAGAGCCACCUUCCCAUCACAGCACCCCCUGGAGGCCCAGAGGCUAUCCCCCUUCUUUCCGUGUCAGCAUCCCUGCCUUAAGGCCAGUGGCAUUGCCACUCAACUUCUCUUCCCACCCAGCAGAGGAACCAUGACUCUCCAAGGCCUCCAAGACCGGAACCAUCAUCUGGAGAAGCUGUAGAAAGAGUCUCUCAUUACUAGGAUGAGACAUAGUAAGGGGCGGCCCUCCCUGGCACCCUGCCCCAAUCCACAAUGGCUUGUUCCAAGUUUUCCAUGUCUCUAAAACCCCAGUGACUUAUUCACUCAGUUUCCAAAAUGCCUGGUACCAGAAAGAGCUUCACCCUAUGGAAUUUGGCUCCAUUGCCAAUCCCAGGGAAAUGUCCUCUUCAAGGGCUCAGGCCUGUGGGCCCCUCAGGUUCAACCAGAUGCAGCAGCUCCAGGGGUGGGCCUGGAGAUCUACUCAGCCAUCCUGCCUCCCAUCCUCUGUCUUGGGACCCUGACUGGUCCUGAAGGGGUGGUUCCAGCCCCCAGCAUGCUUUACUGUCCUGCUCUGGGCUCUGGUCCAUCCCUGGGCCUUUUGAAUAAGAAUCUACCAACAACAACAACCCCUCCCCGACCUUGGGCCAUGUCGCUUUUGUCUACCUAGAGCAAGAAUCUCAGUAUGUUUGAGUAAAGGGGCUUUUCACAAGUAAAGUGCCCCUUUACUGAGUAGCUCAUAGGUGCCAAGCGCUGUACUUGGCACUUCACAUUCAUAUUUUUAACCCUUACAACAACCCUCUAUUGUAAUAUACCCAUUUUAUAGGUGAGGAAACUCAGCCUCUGUGCCCAGGGGCAACCUGGCUAAGAAGAGGAAGAAGAGGAUUUGAAUGUAUGCUGGCCUGACCACGGUGCCUGUGCCUUGUCCCUGUAAGAGGCAAACCAGGCAGGGGAAAGGGAGAAGCCAGCUGGGGGCUCGGAGCAGGUGGCCAAGUGGCUUCCUUGCGGUUGGUGAGGGGAUGUUGAUGGCUGCUCCCACACCUACCACCUUCCAAGCCACUGUAGCACAUGCUGAAAGCUGCCUGGGCCCUCGCCUGCUGCUCCCCCAUGGCAGGCAUGCUCAGGGCCCUGGUGGCUGCCACAGAGCAGUUUCCUGCUCUUAUGCUGGUGCCCCCUGUGCAGAAUAGAGCUGUGGUGCUAAGGGAGCUGAGGUGGUCUCACAUGCCUGCCUCAAGGAGCCCUGGUGGCUCCAGGACCAGCAACUGGAUCUCCACCAAAGCGAGCAUAGUGGGCAGUAGCCACAUAAGGAGGCAGGGACUCAAGGGCCAGGCAGACUCCUGCUGUCCUCUCUGCUGCUGCUUCCUGCUUCUCUCUGGCAUUCACAGAGCAGUUUCCUUUUUUUCUCAUGCCCUGUCCCUCUCUUCUCUCUCUGAGUGGAAUCAGGGCAGCCCCAUCCAGCCAUCUGACGUGUGGUUCACUGAGGCACAUAGAGGCAGAGCUACGUGACAGAACUAGAAUCGGGACCCAGGCCCAGUCCAGAGUUCUUGCCCAUGGACCAGACUGCUGUCAGCGACCAAGGAGUGAGAGGGCAGAGUCCCUACCCUGCAGGAGAAGAGGCAGUAGCCCUGCCCUGCCCAAGGUCUCUGAUUCUGGGUGUUAAUCUGCUGCAGUGCUUUGGAACCACAAGGCUGGCUUUCCUGGGGAUGCUCACUGUCUACCUGUGGUGCCAAAGAUUUAUGUGCAAACAGCCCUCUUCUGCUUUCCCCUCCCCCCACUGCCUCAUGAGCUCUGGAUGCUUCUAAGAAGGAGCUUUCCUCUGAUCCACAGCAGCACCUUUAAAUACAGGUUCUCGGGUCUGUGAGCAUCUUGGGGCAGGGCCCUGAGGUGCUUCUUGCGGCACCUGCUUGCCCUUGGCCCUGUGCCUAGAACCUGGGGGCAGAGGUGGCAGGGGAAGAUGGCAGGCUGGGAGAGAGCCACCCACCUUUUCAAGAUCCCCUCCCUAGGGAGGGGAACCCGGAGCAUGUUUUCCUGAGUUUUUUAUCCACUUUGGCUUAAACAGCUUUUGUGAAACUGUUAUGCAGGAUUCAACUACAUUUCAAAGGACAAAACUAUAAUUUUUUUUUCUUAUUUGCUUUCUGCUUUCAUUGACCUUUUCAAGGAUUUUGUGAAUGCAUACCAUGUGCUAGGUGCUGAGUAGACCAGGGUGCGAGCAGCUCCGUGGCUGGUUCUAAGAGCUUUUAUUUUUGUUUACUGAUUCAACUGAAGAAGUUUGUCUUUGGCCUUGUUCCCCCCCCUCGCCGUGGUCAGCUGGGUGCGGAUGGACUGGCUCCACCUUUCUCUGGACAGAAAGUUUUCCUGCAGAUGAAAGAGUUGGUCUCUGUACUCUUAUUUCAAUGUGAACUGAAGGUACUGAAGCCACAUUCCUCUCUGUUCACGGGUCUUUCUCAGGACACCUCCCUAGCCUGAGGACUCCUCUUCAGCUCCCUUUCCCACAGUGCUGGGCACCUCUCCAGGCAACUGUAAGUGGGAAGUCUUGACGGCUAGCAGCUAUCCCUAGCUGUCCUUGCCUGGGGACUUAGGUCCAUCCAGGACCAUGGCCCCUAUCCUGUGAGCGAUCCACGGAGCAUAUGCAGAAUUCUCCUGGAGGUACGGCCAUGGAAAGUAUCCAGGCCAUAAUUUUAACUCCCCUUCCAAGCUCCGGGCAGGCCACCGGUGCUUACUCCCUUGUUUUACUUACUCCUUGUGACAACCCUGUGAGGUGCACAACACCAGAUCUGAUCGGUCAUGAGAAAAUUGAGGUUCAGAGGAUGAAGUCACAUGCCCAGCUUCAUCCAAAUAGUAACCAGGCUGAGACUUGAAUCCAGGGUAUUUUUUCCUCCCUGGUGCCCAUGACUUUUUCCUCUGCCAUCACCAGAGAAAUGUGUGUGGUGCUUCCAGGGAGCAAGUGACCCUCCCUCUUAAUUUAGGCCACUACUCCCCUUAGCCCAUGAGCACACAUGUCAGUAAGUCACAGACCCAGUGCCAGCCCCAAAGGCAGGCAACAGUGGCUUUUUUCCUUUCCUCACCCCUGCUAGUUUCCUUGGAAUGACCAUUUUAUUUUACAUCCUAGGGCAGAUCUACAGCUUGUGGCACCACCAGAUCUUUGAAAAGUCUGAGUUUUAGGAUCACCACUUGAUGAAAUAGCCUUUGCUCAGAUUUUUCACUCAAAAUCUCUUUGCCAUUUUGUGGGUUUGUGUCAUUGUCCCAGAUGGACUUGGGGAGAGCUGGGCUCCAGCUCAAACCUCUUUCGAUGCCAAACCCUACUGAGGAAUUACUAAAGCCCAUGGCAGGCUUCCAAUAGUCAUUUUAAGCCUCCACCACAGAACCUCCCAUGUAAUCAAUUUCUUAGGGAAAGUUUUUGGCCAUAAAAACCUUUCUGAGCCCACUGGGUAUCUUUGUACCAGGUGGAACAUAGGUAAACAAAGUUGCACAUUAAAGGGCAGGUACCAAACCUCCCCAAAUUAUGGAAGCACCUUAGGCUGAGGAAUGGACAGUCUCAUAUCUAUUCAACCUGUACCAAGUACCCAGCACUAAGUGGAAUAAAGAGGAAAUUGCUCCUGCCCUCAAAUAUCUGGCAGCUCAACAGCAAGAACUUUCGUGGCUUUGCUCACUCCCUUGCAUUGUGCCUGAGUCUCUAGGUGGUAGGUCAGGCUGCUCCCUGGGAGGUCUUGCCCUCCUCUUUGGAUUGUGAUGGGAGGCACAGAACAGCCUGAGCCAGGUGUGGCAGUCUUGUCCCUACCCGCCCUCUACCCUGCUUGGCCAGGCCCGCCCUUCUGGGCUUUUGCCACAAACAGCCAUACCAUCCCACAGACAAAAGGUGACCUGAUGUCAAGCUUUGUGGCCUGAAUGAAUGGGAAAGUGGCUCACAUGGAGACCUGAGGGUGCAGGGCUUCCUCCCUCAAGUGAAGGAAUUGCUCCUAACUUGGCUCUGACAUCUAGACAGACCACUGCCUGUGACAGUCCCAGACAGUUGCAGAGUUGAUACCAGGAGGCUCUGCAGUCUGCCUGCUCAUUGACUACCUACUGAGGACCCUACCCACAGACUUGACUGUCCAGCUCCGUGGAGUAUUGUCUGGUUUCUGGUGCUACCCUACCGAGUUACGGAGCCUUUCAUCAUGCUUCAACACUACAUCUUCCUUCAUGUUCCUGUCCUCUACUCCAAAGUCGGCCUUCUUAGCUCCAAUCAGGACAAGAGACUCAAUUUCUGUUGUGCUUGAAGAGGCCAAACCCAGUGCCACAGCCUGUAGCCUUCACUUUCAGGUCUUCUGUAAAUGUUCAAAAGGGGAUGCCCUCACCAGGCCUGUUACAGCAAUAAGCCACUCUAUCACAACUACGGUGUGUCCAUAUCUUAUCCCAGCCUAUGCCUCUUUGCCUUUGUGCCCACAUAAGUGUUGAAAGCACCCCUUUCACUCUUUCAGGGGUGUUGAUAAAUUAUAGUCACCUUAGUUACCACCCACGUUUCCUAUUUCAGGGCACCACCAAGUAACUAGGCCAUUUCUUGCAUCCCUUCAGGAAUAGUGGGGCUGACCAUGUUGCCCCAUCACCUCAUGUCUGCUCAUAGGAUGACGCUGGAGAUCCUAGAUAUCUCAGCACCCCUCAUACCUUCUAGGCAAACUGACAAAUUCUGGUGGUGUUUUUGUUUCCUUUUAACAAAAAGUUACACGAGGCUAUAUAUGUGAGGGGGAGGGGGAUGAACAAUUAGCUGUAGCAUGUAUAGAUUAUACACUUUACCAUUAGACUUUUUUUUAAUAAAAAAAAUGCUUGACUGGUUUCAAGCUUCAUUGUGAA